GCAAGUGGAGGAAGAAGCAGGAAAGGAGGCCGCCCCCUACGUCGGAUUGACUCUCCAGCUUCCCACUCGAGCUCCCCUCUGCGCUUCCUUCUUCUCAGCUAAGAGUACUGAGCUCCCCUUGCCAGCAGCUGGCCCCCUCCUUGUCAGCAACUACCCACUCCGUGUUAGCCACCCCCCUCCUUGUCAGCACCCUCGUACUAGACUUGUAGAAGGAAAGUCUGUAGGUAGGGAAGAUGGUAGCAGCAAUGACUGCACGAGUCCCGGUGUCCCUGCUCCUAGUCACCGCGCUGCUUAUCUUCUCGCAACCGGUGCAAGGAUACCGGCGCGGGCUGAGCACCUCGGGCGGGCUCCUUGUGCAUAGCACGGACCGACAGCUGUUGCAGGAGGGGUCCGACAACCCUUGUGGGCAGUUUCCCGCGGAUGAUCCGUUUGACGGCGUGCGGAUCGGGCAGCAAACCCCAAACUGGCACGAGCCGUGCCGGGACAGUUCCGGGGUCGUUCAGUUUUGCUGUUCAGCGGGCUCCACGCAAUGUGCCUGCCCACCAAACCCUCCCACAGCAGCAGGGCCUUUUGGGUGCUACAAUUACGUUGACAGCAACACUCUAAACUUCAACACAGGCCAGCAGUGCGGGUUCACCCUCCCCAGCUCUCCUGCGACUCCAAGCCCCACCUCUACGACUCCGUCCCCGACCUCUGCAACUCCCUCCCCGACCUCUGCGACCCCCUCCCCAACUUCGACAACUCCCUCUCCAACUAGCACCCCCUCUGCGACUUCCUCUCCAACUUCCGCUCCAACAAACCCCCCCGGUGGACCGUGCACCACGGCCCCGAGGGGAUCCCCCGGGUCCGACGGCACGUGCGGGUUUGACCCCGCCGGCCAGGGGUACAACCUGUGUACGACGAUGGCUGGGAUCGCGUUCUGCUGCGAAACCGGCUACACCUGCCCGACGGCGGACCCGGUCACGGCCUCCAACCCGAGCUUCGCUCUCCAGGUCUACUGCCAAGCGCUGGGGCCCUGCGCAGACACCCCGACUUCCUCCCCCACAAACGCCCCCACAACAAACCCCCCCACAACGAACGCCCCCGCAACGAACGCCCCCACAACCAACGCCCCCACAACCAACGCCCCGACGACUUCCGCCCCAAAUACUCCCGGCCCUACCCCCGUCGCAACCACCCCCUCCCCCGCCCCCACUUCUGGCCCCCCCAGCGGGUGCCAGACGGUGCCCUCUUCCGGAUCUCCCGGCGUGGACGGAACCUGCGGAUACGACCCGUCCGAUCCAGUUCUGCUGCCCACAAGGCUACAUUUGCCCGAUCGCCGGGUCCGUCGCACCGUCCGGUGGCUCCAACGCUCUGCAAGUAUUCUGCCAAGUGGCCGGGCCGUGCGGAUACUAAGCGACCAGCUCCGUUCAGAUACGAAGCGGGUACGAGUGCAACGUGUGACAUUCAUUUGCCGCCUUCCGGAGCUCCAUUCCCUGCAUUCAAUCAUCCGAAGCCGAUCAACCUCUCCCACCGCGUGACAACUCCUUGUAAAGGCACCUUCGUCUCCACGUGCUCGUCUUUGUUUCAAGGUAUUAUCAGAAACACUAAAAACUUUAGGUCUUAGUAGACGGCUCCUCCCAAACGAUUGUAGAAAAUGACCUCGCUCGUUUCAGGAAACGUGGUUCGUCCCUCACGAAUCUUUCUUCCCACCCCGGCGCGGGUUGGCCGAGCCGCACUCUGCACCGAGAGCGGUUUUUUCGAUCCUUUUUAAUCCGAUUGUUUCAAAAACUGAGGGCCCGGAACGUAUAUAGUUGGCCGGCCCCCCAAGAACAACGCAGAAAUGACUACGUCAGCAUAGUUCGUACUGUGGACUAGUGAUUAUUUACACGGUCGAUGCCGGUUAGCGGCAGAGGCGGGCUCUUAUAAGCUGGACGUUUCCCCCCUCCGCCGCUAAUAAGCGGUGCAAGUCCGUCCGAGACUGCACGCGCUAAGAACACUCCAGUGAUAAAGUCAAAUAAUAAAUCAAACGUAGUGUCGCCGUUGAAUCUUGAUCGGGCUUCCGGCAUGGGGAUAGGAAUUACUGAGUCCCUGAUUUGCAUAACUUGUGCUUCAUAGCUGAGUUACCAUUUGGAAAAGGACGCUGUUGCGCGAUAACAACGUGAAUACCAUCUGUGAACGGUCGAUCCGUCAUACAAAACGUAUGUGUCGAACAUUGAUUGUCCCGCCCGAUGCCCCAAUUAUUACAGUUCC